AUGGAAAGAAAUCAGCAUAAAACUAAAAACUAUUAUGAUAGGGUUAUGCCGCGUGUUAACAGUAUAUCUCGUUCAAGUUUAAAAUCAAAUCCAAACAUUACCCGCCACGACACUUCUUCCGUACGUCUCGGCGGCAAAGCAAGUAUUUCAAACUUGAGUUCCGGUGUAAUAAGUGAACUUCCAACAGUAUUGCGUGACUACAUUCCUCAAAAUGUUAAGUCUAAAAAAAUCAUACACAGUACGAAACCCAAAAGAACUCUGCAGUCUUUAGAUUUGAAAAAGUCUUCUCUUCAAAUAAAAAAUGUGAAAAGUGCUAAAAAUCUUCACGCUCAAUCUUCGGCGCCAGCGAUUCUGAAUUUGGAUGAAGUAGACUUAUCAUCAAGUCUAAGUCAUGUUAGACAGUGUUAUUCAAGUCGGUCCCACACCAGAUUAAAAGAAUUGAAGGAGGAAAUAAAAGAAUAUGGGAAUAUACAAAAGACUAAAAACCUCUGUGGUCGGCUAUACCAAUCAUGCGGAGUAUUGCUAAAUGAAGAAGGAAAAGUAGCAGCUGACAAGGCCGUUCAGGCUGAGAAAAUAGAUGAAUCCUCACCAUCGCAAAGGUACGUUCUUAGUGUUCAAAUUUAA